AUGACGGAGGAGGAGAAGACAUCCACUCCUAGCAAGCCCUCGGGUGCGGCUGCGCCAAACAGCCCUCGCGCUGAGUCGCCCACUACUGCACGACCUCUGGACUUUGACGAUGAGCCACAGGAGUCUGGUGUCACUUCCACCGGCAACAACACUGCUUCGGCGCAGCAGUCUGCCACCGACACACCCCCAGCUGCCCCACCGAAGCCCCCGCGACCCUUGAGCCCCCGAGAACAGUCGGUGAACACACUGAAGGAGGCAUUCCCAACAGUCGAGCUUGGAGUGGUCAAGGCUAUCUUGAAUGCUAGCAACUGGAAUGUCGAACGCGCAUUCAAUGCCCUGCUGGGCAUGACCGAUCCCACCGCUCAGGAGGACAUGGUUCCUCCUCCCAAGCCUCCUCGUCCGUCUCAGCCCGCAACCUCUACUACCCAGCGCCAAUUGGAAGCCGAUGAGCAAUAUGCGCGUCAAUUGGCCAAGCACUACAAUGCCCCCGCCGCCGGACGCCGGGGUCCAGCCCCAGGAUGGGAGAACGACCCUCGGUAUCGCCAGCCGCGAGGAAGCGAGGAUUCGGAAGAAAAGGAUUACAGUUUCUUCGAAGAUGAUCUACCGGUGAUCCGCGAGAACUUCAAGAAGGGAUUCUUGGAGACACAGACGAAAGUGAACUCGUGGUUCGGGAAUUUGAAGAAGCAAUUACAUGGUGACGAGGAGGAAGAGGAGGAGCAAGCACACUCCAGCCAGCGUUAUGAGCAGCAGACCUCCGCGUUUGGCCGCCCUCGGCGCAGCGGCGAGAUGGGUCAUCGCAGUGGGGAUCGUGAGCGUUAUGAUGCAGACCCUCAAGUGCUGAGUGAUGACUUCUCCGCACUCGAGCUGAGGGAUGGCGAAGUCCCUCCCGCGCGCCCUCCUCGCCCCGGCAACACAAACCUCAAAAAGACUGCAUCGCCCUCCCCGGGUAGGAGGGUUUCCUUCCAAGACGGCCCUCCCACCGAGAUUGAUAACCUGUACGACGCCACGCCGGGGAAGCGCAGCGCCCCGGCUAGCGGCAAGUCCAGCAAGUGGCAGCCCUUGGCCACGGUCGAGCCGUCCCCAGUUGCCGAGAACGACCCAUUCAGCCUCGGUGACAGCGACGACGAGAAGGACACCAAGGCCAAGGAGCAGACUACCGUACCUGAAAGCGAGCAGCUCAAGAAAGCGACCGCCGAGGCCAUGUCUGACGAGGUUGGGUCGUCCACGGAUGAUAAGAAGGCGGGAGAUUCGUCCAAGUAA